CUCUCUCUCUCUCUCUCUCUCUCUCUCUCUCUCUCAUGGCGAGCAGAAGGGACGCCGUCUCUGUUACGGACUGACGGAAGCUCUGCUUUCCUCCUCGCAUUCUUUAAAAACACAUGAAUUCACUCGCGUAAAGAGGCGUGAGUCUCCACACUCUUCCGUCUAAAGGGGUUAAAUAAAGGAAAUCUCAGCAUGAACAGUAUGAGCAGUUGCGGCUUCCUGAAUAUGGCGACGACAGGAGAUUUUGACCCGCUCAACGCCACUAUUCCUGCCACAAAAGUUGAGAUUACGGUCUCGUGCAGAAACCUUCUCGACAGAGACACGUUUUCCAAAUCAGAUCCAAUCUGUGUGCUAUACACCCAAGCCAUUGGCAACAAAGAGUGGAGAGAGUUUGGGCGGACGGAAGUUAUCGAUAACACUUUGAACCCAGAUUUUGUGCGCAAAUUCUUAUUGGACUACUUCUUUGAAGAAAGACAGAACAUAAGGUUUGAUCUGUAUGAUGUCGACUCCAAGAGCCCCAACCUCUCAAAACAUGAUUUCCUUGGACAGGCCUUGUGUUCGUUGGGAGAGGUGGUGGGUUCGCAGGGCAGUCGUAUGGAGAAAGAUCUUGGGGGGAUUCCAGGGAAGAAAUGUGGGAAAAUUAUUGUGAAGGCUGAGGAGCUUAACAACUGCAGGGAGUCUGUGAUGAUGCAAUUUUGUGGCAACAAGCUGGACAAAAAGGACUUCUUUGGCAAAUCGGACCCCUUCUUAGUGUUUUACCGCAGCAAUGAGGAUGGAACAUUUACUAUUUGUCAUAAGACAGAGGUGGUGAAGAACACGCUGAACCCUGUGUGGCAAGCCUUUAAAAUCCCCGUCAGAGCCCUGUGCAAUGGCGAUUUUGACAGAGCGAUCAAGGUUGAGGUGUAUGACUGGGAUCGUGAUGGCAGCCAUGACUUCAUUGGAGAAUUCAGCACAAGCUAUAGAGAACUGUCAAGAGGCCAGUCACAAUUUAACGUGUAUGAGGUCAUAAACCUUAAGAAGAAAGGCAAGAAGAAAAAAUAUCUCAACUCUGGAACAGUGACACUGCUCUCGUUUCUCGUUGAUAUUGAAGUCACCUUCCUGGACUACAUCAAAGGCGGGACUCAGAUUAAUUUCACAGUGGCGAUUGAUUUCACAGCUUCUAACGGCAACCCAGCCCAGCCCACUUCCCUUCAUUACAUGAGUCCGUAUCAGCUCAACGCCUACGCCAUGGCACUUAAAGCUGUGGGGGAGAUCAUACAGGACUAUGACAGCGACAAGAUGUUCCCUGCACUGGGGUUCGGAGCCAAACUGCCUCCUGAUGGGAGAAUAUCCCAUGAGUUUGCCUUGAAUGGAAACCCUCAGAAUCCAUAUUGCAAUGGCAUUGAUGGAGUCAUGGAAGCGUAUUACCAGAGUCUAAAGUCCGUUCAGCUCUUCGGUCCUACCAACUUCUCGCCUGUCAUCAACCAUGUAGCCAGAUACGCUGCCUCAGUAAAGGACGGAUCCCAGUACUUCAUCCUGCUCAUCAUCACGGAUGGAGUGAUAUCAGAUAUGGCCCAGACAAAAGAGUCCAUUGUUAAUGCUGCAUGUCUUCCCAUGUCAAUUAUUAUUGUUGGAGUUGGACCAGCCGAGUUUGACGCCAUGAUCGAGUUGGAUGGUGAUGAAGUCAGAAUCUCAUCGAGGGGCAGAUAUGCUGAGAGAGACAUCGUACAGUUUGUUCCAUUCAGAGACUACAUCGAUCGCACUGGGAAUCACAUCCUCAGCAUGGCCCGUCUGGCCAAAGACGUUCUUGCUGAGAUCCCGGACCAGUUCCUAUCCUAUAUGAAGACCAGAGGCAUCAAGCCAUCUCCCGCUCCCCCUCCGUACACACCGCCAGGACACCCGCUGCAAACUCAGAUCUGAAAUGGGCCCAGGAGCGAGCCUUGCAGUAUCUCAGCAUCUAUCUCUCAAAUCACUCAGUGAGGUGAAAGUUUCCUCAGCUUUUUCUGUCCCUUUCUCUUUGCACUAUGGGGGCUGUAGAUGGACACCAUGCUUCGACAGGGUUCUGAGGACAGGUUUACUUCCAUUACAGGCAUUCUCUGUCAGGAUGUCUCUCAGUUUCUCUCUCUGUCUCUCAAUGCCUGGCUAGCUUGUUUUCUGAGAGCCAUGUUAUAGAAUGAACUUCACGUUUCUGGCUCACCGUGAAAAGAAGGAUGAAGGUGUAUGACGGAAUGACUAAAGAAACGAGCUGACGAUGUUGCGCCACGUCUCAGAACAGCAGAGCAGCUUCCUCUUCCUCAGACUGGGGAAAAGGCUAACAAAUCACCAGUCUCAAAUGGACUGUUGUACAUAAAUUUGACUUAUUCCGUCAUUUCUUAUCUCUUCCUCUUCUUUCUUCUCUGAGCUCUCACUCAAUGUUUACAUGUUAAUGAUUUUCUUACUGUUGGAUCUGACUUUUAUAAGUGUAUAUCUUCAACAUGA